AUGUUUCGUCACGCGAUCAGAUCAAUUGGCCUCGUGACUCCUGUCAGAGUCAUUACCCCCACUCUACGUGCUUCUCUGGUUCUCGGGGCAGUUCGUUCUCAGAGUUCGCACGCCAAACCCCAAGCACCCGAUUGGAUCCAGAAUCUGCUCGAUGAGCACGAGGGCAAAGGAUACUUGCUUGCCGACGCUGGGCUGCCGUCUCAGGGCGUCUCUUGGGGAGAAAUUGACUCCUUCCAGCAUGUUAACAACAAGGUGUAUCUGGCUUGGUUCGAGACCGCCCGUGUUAACAUGUUUCUCAAGUGGGGCACGGACUUUCAGCGGUUCAUGAGUGGCCAGUCGGUGGCACCGGUCAUGCGGUCGGUCAAUCUAGCUUGGCGAUACCCCAUCAAAUUCCCCGACCAGGUGACGGUCGUCCACAAAAUUGACCAGAUUCUCGAUGACCGGUUCAUUCUCAAGGGCGUCGUGAUAGGCCACAAGUCCAAGAAGGUGUGUGCACGAAUUGAAGAGGUGAUUGUCGCUGUCGAUUACACUAAGGGUGCCACCAAGUGUUCUAUUCCGGACGAUAUGAGAGAGUUUCUGGAGCAGAAAAAGAGAGAGCAAGGCGCGGGGGAGUAUGAUGCGCAGAUUUAG